CUCAUUCCAAGUUGGUUGCUUAUCACUUGGUAGGUCAGCUUGGAAUCCGCAACACAAGGAUGAAGAGGUGGUGGUUGAUAGCAGCGACAUCAGCAAAUCAAGAUAUAGACAUCCAUAUAGUAUUCCCACGCGAACACCGUCGAGUCGAUUACUCCCCCAAAUACCAUAGUUGGCAGCGUCGCUGCGUUGCCACUCCACCACCCGUCUCCGCCGCCCCCGCAUAAACCGCACAAGCCUCCGGGCGUGAUCUGUUCGGUCCCAUGGCGUCCGCCUCCCCGAGUCAAACCAAAGCGGCAACGGCAAGCCAGCCGGUGCAGGAGGCAAAAGCCCUCCAGCCCAGCGACACCCCCUCGAGCGGAGAGGCCGCCAGGUUCCGUGUGGCUCUGGCCGCCAACUGCUGCCUUCUGCUCGUCGGCGUCUGCGGCGGCGCGCUGUUGGCGUGGUGGGCUCUCUCCUUCCACCGGUCCAACGAGCAGCUGUGGAUGGUACCCGUCGGCCUGGUCCUGCUCGGCACGCCAGUCUUCGUCUGGCUCUCCAUCUUCGCCUCCGGCGUCUGCACGUGCCUCGAGCUGCUCUGGACUGCGCCUGCCGUACCCCGGACGGCGCCACCGCCGGACCUGGACCCAGAGAGAUGAUCAAGAGUGCACAAAGCUUCUCCGUCCUCGCAUGCAUGCUUCGUUUCCUCUCGUUCUUGUCGGAGUAAUGGCAAAGCAUACAAAACUAUGCGGAUCGGAUUACCCAUUCAAUUUUGUUUGGUUUAUCUCACCAAGAGAUC